AUGCCUCCCGAGCGCCGCUCAGCGCGCUCCGUCUCCAAAACCUCAGCCAAAGUCACAGUGCAGCCAUACACCAGCGCUAACACCACAUCCAGUCCAGGCACCUCACGACCCGGCGCGUCAAUCUCGCGGCCAGCGAACGGUAAGACUUCGCUGCGACUCACUGUCAAAGCACCACCCAGCAAGCUGCGACAGGCAACUUCCGGCUCUGCCAUUCCUCCCAACCCAUACGCCGACACACCCAGCGAAAGCGAUGCCACUCCAGCACCUCGCGCGGCAAGAAAGACUCGCAAUCCUCGAACAGUUGUCGAUCCAGACUCCGAUGACCUCGACGAUGACAUGGAGGAGGAUGCGGACGGAGAAGACGACGAGCAUGCGGAAGGCGAAUUGGACAACGAUACAAGAGACAACGAAGACAGUGAAGACGAUGCUGAUGGGGAGGCAGACGACGAUGAGGAUGACAUGCAAGUAGACCAUCCUCCGCCGCCCGUAAUCACCCAGAAACGAGCUCCGGGCAAGACCAAGCCAAACGUCACCGUGACUGCUCCUCCCGGAGGACCACUCAAGUCCGUAGAGGACAAGGAGAUGGACGAUGACGACGACGACGACGAUGAUGAGGAGUUGAGUGAGCUUGAUUCGAACGAAGACGCCGAGGGUGAGGAAGAAGAGGAGGAAGAGGAAGAGGAAGGAGAGGAGGACGAUAGUGACGACGAUGACGAGAACUCCCGUAGCGCAACGCCAGAUCUCUCGAAGCUCACGAAACGACAACGAGGUGGACUUGACGAUUUUGGUGGAGAAUUAAUGUCUCUUUCCAACGAAGCUCAGAAGAAGAAACAAUUGACCGAGGAAGAAAAUGCGAUGAGGCGUGCGGAAAUGGCUCGUCGGAGGAAGAAUCUCAGUGAGAAGCGGAAUGAAGAGGAGAAGAUGGACACGAUCAACAAACUCCUCUCCAAACCCGCACCGAAGCGACGCACUCGCGCGGAAAUGGAAGCCGCUCGCGCUGCUGAGGAGACACCUGACCCAGAAGGCCACGAUCCAAAUGGUCCUGACCCGACAUCUCUCCGAUGGGUGAAUCGACGUCAAGGCAGUUAUGUGGUCGUCACGCAGCAGUGGUUGGAAAGUCCGUUCGGCGAGACCUUUGCGAAGCAAGUCAAUCACAAUAGACUUAUUGAAGAAGUAUCGUAG